AGGGGGAAAGAUGGGUAGGAGGUGAGAUAAAGAGGACGGGGGCAAGGAACGUCCGGGUCACGGAGGUCAACCGAGACUUCAGGUUAUCAGACAGCAUGCCAGAGUUCUUUGUGGUACCAGACCCGUGUUCAGACUACGAGCUAAAGAAGGCAUCAACAAACUUUGAAGAUUGCAGAGUACCUUUCUGGUGUUGGAGUCACAGGAAUGGGAGUAUGCUAAUGAGGAUGACGGCACCCUCUGACAGCAUUAUCGAAAACGAGUCUGAGAAGUGGUUUCUAGACAGCGUUAUUCACAUCCAUCCCUCCAAGGUGCAUCCAGACAUCAUAGACAUCGGCAAAGAAUGUCCCAGUAUACAGGAACUACAGAGCGGUUACCUCAAGCUUCAGUCCAUGUGCAUGCCAGAAAACAUCAAAGACUUCUGGACGACAGACGAGAAGUGGUAUUCAACGUUGGACAGUACCAAGUGGCUACAGACGAUAGGAACAUGCCUCAGUCUAGCUAAGGAAGCAGCUGACAGAAUCUACAUUGCAGAGAAGACCGUCAUCAUUAAAGAAUCACAGGGUAGAGAUUACUCGUGUGUAGUGGCAAGCCUCUCCCAGAUCAUGCUAGACAGUCACUACCGCAGUCAGCUGGGCUUCCAGAGCCUGUUACAGAAGGAAUGGAUAGUAGCUGGUCACCCGUUCCUUGACCGCUGUGGACACUGUGUCCCCAGCAGCGGAACAGAGUCCCCGAUCUUCCUGCUAUUCCUUGACUGUGUCCACCAGCUGAUAGAGCAGUUCCCAUCGGCCUUUGAGUUCACGGACACCUUCCUGAUAGCCCUCUGGGACAGCAUGCACUCAGGCAUCUUUGGUACAUUCCUGUUCAACAGCGAGCGCCAUCGGAUGAGGACCUGCGUCAGUAGCAGCAAGGGCCAGUACCAGACCACCCAGCUGGCCACUGUAUGGGCCUGGACGCUACAGUUCACCAAAGACGACCAGGCGCUCUUCACCAACCCUCUCUACAUUGCCAAGUCUGAGCUCAAGUACAACGACCUCUUGGACGACGAGCCCGACUAUAGGCAGGGAUGCAACGCCGGUAUCUACCGCAGCAUCCGCAGGUUGAACAAUGGCAAGUCGUACAUCGGCUCCGACUUCAAGGAGAUGGACAGCUGGACAUUCAAUGGCGGGAAGAGAAGGAAGAACCCUAAUGUGAACGGUGCCAAUUCUGCGAGUAGUGUGUUUGCUAAUUGCGAGGAGGAGAUCAUCAUACCGUUACUGCAGACGCCGACGAUCACCUUAUGGAAUCAUUGUUACCUGCGGUGGGUGCCGAGUGUCCACACGGUGGGAGGGGGAAGUCCCGCAAUCUACCAGCAACAAUGUCGGCUGGUGGAUGAGAUACAGCAACUCAGAGAGACCCUGGAGAACCUGAAGGUCUCCAAGGAAUCCGUAGCCGCGCCUCCUACGAAGCCCAAGCGAAAGAGCAGGUUAUUUUUCACCUCUCAAGAUGACUUGAAACGGAACCAUGAGGCGCUCACCUCCGCCUUCCCCUACUCCAUCAGCGAUCUGGAGUUUCUAGGUGGGGAUCGAAGGUCCUUUUUGGCCACACCCCUUGCAAGGUUUCUAGGAGGACAGAGUUUGUUAGAGCAGGAGGGGGGUGGUGAGAUACCAGAGAGCGACGCGGAGACCGUAGAGGAACUUGAAAUGUGAUUGCAUAGUCGCAGAAUUCAUUUUGAACUAGGAGACUGACAGUGACUAUUGAUGGAACACUGCAUUUGCCUCAGAGAAAGUUUGACUUUGAUGUCAAUCACUAUUGUGUAUCUCUGUGAAACUUUAACUUGCCACACCAAGUUUCUCUGGGAAUCAUCACAACCUUUCCUGUGAUAUUUCCCUUCCUGUACACACUCAACAUCACUAGAACUAUUUCAUUCUGAUUUGUAAAGAUCUCAUUUUCAUCAUUCAGUUCUUCCAGUCAAAAUCAUUGAGGCCGUAAAGUAAUAAGUGAUAGAGAGUGUCCUCUUGCAUUUUGAUAUCUCAGUGUAAUUGAAGAUCACCUAGAUGUUAGUCUAGACUAGAUUAACUGUAAAUAUCAUUCUAAUAGGAGUGCAAUAACGAAGGAAAUGAUAGUAGGCAUUUAAUGUAUGAUUGGUGUAUUUAUCUAGAUAUGUUUUAUAUUUCUCAUAAUGUACAAAACUACUUAAUUUGCUAAUCUCACUCUCUCUGAAAUGAAGGUUUGUCACUGUGAUUUAAGUGUCAAGUAUGACUUUUUUGAUACAACUAGUAGGUAUAUAUUAUCCUCUUUAACUUAGUACUGUUUUAUGUUCAACAGGGAGAGUAUAUCUUUCAUGAGAAAAGAUAUUACUUUUCAUUUUAUUAUGUUCUUUUUAAUAAUUUUGUUGGGUUUUUACUUUAAAAUCACAAAUGACUUCAGAACAACUACAAUUGUUUAUGAAGUGUCACUGAACUGAACACCACAAGAGCCUGUCAUAGAAUCCACCCUCAGAUGACAUACAUGUACACAUGUCACAACAUGUUUUUAAUGCCCUAUAAAGUUUGUCUUAAAAAAAAAGCAGCACACUUCACAAUCUGAUCAAGACGAAGCCAUGGAUAUAAUACAUGAUUGAGCCUUGUUCUAAAAGAUCUUCACAUUUAGGUCUGGACUCGCCGUCUCGGGGGUACUGGUAUUCUCACAAAAUGAGAAUUACAACCUUAGAGCAUCUAACGUUAUUUUAUUGGGGAGGAAAGAAAGUGGAGAGGUGGUAGACUGGUGUUUUGAUUCAAUUACAAUUUUGCAGCCAUUAGGGUAUUUUGCCUGUAAAAGCCAGAAAGGUGAGGGUGUUGAUUCAAGGCAUUAACCCCCUGACUACUGAAUUCUCUAAUUCCCAUAUGCUUAAUACAGGGACCAGCCAGUUCCUGUAGGCAAUGGGUUAACUCUUGUGUUAAAAGUUUGCGCUAAUGCCUUUCUGGCUCUUGUCAAAUGUUUUCUUUGAAACAUCAAGGCAUACCCUACCCUAAGAGUGGGAUUGACCAUAUUGUGAAGAUGAAAUAUGAGCUCCUAAUAAGGCUCUCUGAUGUUUUGUGUCUGACAGAACAAAUGAACCAUGGUCAUCUUUUUAAAAUCAGUUUGUAGCCUUGGUGCUUCAUCCUGGAUCCUUUUUUUUUUUUUUAUAGUAUUUCUUAUUUGAAUGCAGCACGGCAAGGGAAUAGUGAUCUUAGUUCUGACAUAGAUCUGAAUCUCUAUUGAUGUUUUUCUGUAUUCAUGUGCUCAUCUCUUCCAAGCUGGAGAAAAUUUCAUUUUUAUGUAAUGAGUCUUGAAUAAGUUUUAAAGCGGCAUAUUCUGAAAUUUAGUAAACAACCGGUUACAGCUUCAUCUACCACUAAUGCUCAAUACGACUACGAUUAGGGACAAAUGAAAGAAGAUAGAUUCUAUGUGGAGUUAACAUCAUAAUCAUUGUGAAAGGAAAGAUCUUUUCAUGCCAUUCUGUUGCAACGGGGGGAAUCUAAACCUGACGCUUGCACAACAUGUUCAAUUUGCUGUGAGCAGCUGUACCUUUUAUAUACAAUGAAUUAAGAUCCAAACAGGAACUUGGCGAAACAUUUUCUGCUUGGUGCUUGCACCUGGCUAUUUAACAUGUACAAUACAUUUAGUGAAUUAGGUCAACCAUACAGUCUAUUGUAUGAAAUUUGGUUGUUGAAUAGUGAUUGUGUAUUGCAGGGGAUAGUUUAUUAUAAUCCCCCCAUUUAAUACUCUGCUAUCGAUAUCAGAUAA